CCCUUCUUCUUCCUCCAUUCCACUCUCGUCGUCUCUCUUGCCCGUGUUCUUCAAUGGCUUCCAACACCUUGAUGAGCUGCGGCAUCGCCACCACCGCUUUCCCUUCAGUUCUUUCCUCCUCUAAGUCUAAAUUCGCCACCGGUGUCCCGAUUUCUGGCGUCGCCGUCAAUGCGUCAUCCCGGUUUUCCAUGUCCGCCGAGUGGAUGCCCGGCCAGCCCCGCCCCCCGUACCUUGACGGCUCAGCCCCCGGUGAUUUUGGCUUCGAUCCUCUUCGCCUGGGAGAAGUGCCAGAGAACCUCGAGAGAUUCAAGGAGUCUGAGCUAAUUCACUGCAGAUGGGCCAUGCUUGCUGUUCCAGGGAUUUUGGUACCUGAGGCUUUGGGAUUGGGCAACUGGGUGAAAGCUCAGGAAUGGGCAGCAGUUCCAGGAGGCCAAGCUACCUACUUGGGGCAACCAGUUCCAUGGGGAACUUUGCCCACCAUUCUGGUCAUUGAGUUCCUUGCCAUUGCCUUUGUAGAGCACCAGCGCAGCAUGGAGAAAGACACCGAGAAGAAGAAGUACCCUGGAGGUGCUUUCGACCCAUUGGGCUACUCAAAAGACCCUGUAAAGCUGAAGGAAUACAAAGUCAAAGAGAUCAAAAACGGUCGGUUGGCGCUGUUAGCUUUCGUUGGAAUCUGUGUGCAACAAACGGCAUACCCAGGAACAGGGCCAUUGGAGAACUUGGCUACUCACUUGGCUGACCCAUGGCACAACAACAUUGGCGACAUUAUCAUCCCCAGAUCAAUUUCGUCUUGAAUUUUGCACUAAAAAUCAUACUAAUUGUAAUUAAAUUUCCGCCUACUGAAUCUGAACUCGAGGGCUUCUUCUCUCUGAAUGUGUUCCUUAACUUGAUAUUGACCUUCAAGCCUGUAA